AUGUAUUAUGGCAAAGGAAUGAUCCCAUCAGCAAAUUUUGAAGAAUUUUCCAAACUUUGCAAAUCUAUGCAAGUGAGUAGACUAACUAAUAUACUACAGAUGCAGCAGUCUGAAACUAAAAUCCAUGACAGAAAACUCUGGAAAAAAGGUAAUGUGUUUAUUUACAGUGGAGCCAGAAAUUGCGCUCUGGUUGUGAAACGAUUACUGAUGUUGUUUGAUGUAAAAGGUAAGACGGAUCUGACAUUAGUUGUAGGAAAUAAAAGAAUUUACACUCAUAAAUCUCUUUUAGGCAUGACCUGCCCAGUUUUUCAUACUGUUUUAAUGGAAGAGCAUUCAAAUGAACAGUCAGCAGUACUUAUUUCAGAUGCAGACCCAAUCUCAGUGACUGCAGUAAUUACUUUGCUCUAUAAUGGAUCGUGCUUCAUAACUAGAGCUCAGAUGAAACUUGCAGCUUCAUUCUUAGACCCAGGGCUUUUUAAAUUGCAUAUGAGUGGUGACAUGCCAUUACAGACUGAUUCAAGAGCAGAACCAACAGGUUCAGUAGAUAGUAAUGAAGGUUUACUGUGGCAUUCUGAAAAUAAACUAAGCUCUCCACAAAGACGUGUCAUCUUACAAGAUGGGAUCGAACAGCAGACAUUAUGGUGGAAAAACAUGAAGUUUGAUGAAGAUGUGCAGUUAUCAGAGUCACGGCAAAAACUUAGUGUAGCUGGACCAAGAAUUAAAUCACGUUCAGGUCAAGUGGAUGGAAUGAAUUGUGAUGAUACAUUGCCAAAAAAGAGGAAGAGGAGGUCAAAAUUUUAUAAUUGUGAUGAAUGGGUUACGGAAGAAUCGGAACGGGGUGCUGCUGUUGUAGGUAAAUGUCCAACAGGAUCUGAUAAAAUUUUGUCAUCAAAAUCUGGCUUAAAGGGUCACAUGAAAGCUCAUAUUGGUGAGUCCCUGUCAGAUACCACUGUUUCCAAAGCUUGUAAGAACAGUGUAACCAGUGCUACUAGUUGUAAUCGUGUGAAAUCAUGUAAAGGAAAAAAGUGUAGAUUCUGCAAGAGAUAUUUUUAUGGAAAAGGUCUUGAACAGCACAUCAAAUUAAAACAUUCUCAUAAAGAAACAGAAGAGUGCAGUAGUAAUGAUGUGACUGAGGAAGGUAUCCAAUGCAUGGAGGAUAAGGAUAUUUCCACCACACAAAAUCUGCUUAGUGACUGUAGCAAAAUACUUAAUAAUAAGGUACGUAUGAGGAAGAUUCAUUGUACUUUAGUGGUUGCUAUUAUAAGUGCUAGGAAGUGGACUUUAAUCAAUAAAAAUUUGCAGUAA